AUGAUUACCCAAUCGCAGGUAACGGGCGUCCUGGAUCCUCAUUGGCAUCAAAGAAAGGGCGCAGCGUCGACAAGCUUGGUGACCAAGGAGGCAUUUCAGCUAGAACCUCAUCAGCAGGGAUCUCAAGCGCCGGAGUCGAACCAGUCCGUGGUGCCGCAUCGUUCGGAGGAGGGACAGCCUGUGGCCAAGCAAGUUGCCGCCCAGUGGCAGAAUGGGGAGGACUGGCACGGGCAGCGCUGGCAGGGCUUUGGAGUCUCUGAGUCGAACCAGUCCAUGACGCAGUAUCAGGAACAGGUAACGGGCGUCCUGGAUCCUCAUUGGCAUCAAAGAAAGGGCGCAGCGUCGACAAGCUUGGUGACCAAGGAGGCAUUUCAGCUAGAACCUCAUCAGCAGGGAUCUCAAGCGCCGGAGUCGAACCAGUCCGUGGUGCCGCAUAGUUCGGAGGUGCCCUGGUCAGAUUCAUCCAAGGAGGGACAGCCUGUGGCCAAGCAAGUUGCCGCCCAGUGGCAGAAUGGGGAGGACUGGCACGGGCAGCGCUGGCAGGGCUUUGCCUCUGAGUCGAACCAGUCCAUGACGCAGUAUCAGGAACAGGUAACGGGCGUCCUGGAUCCUCAUUGGCAUCAAAGAAAGGGUGUCGCAGCGUCAAGCUUGGUGACCAAGGAGGCAUUUCAGCUAGAACCUCAUCAGCAGGGAUCUCAAGCGCCGGAGUCGAACCAGUCCGUGGUGCCGCAUCGUUCGGAGGAGGGACAGCCUGUGGCCAAGCAAGUUGCCGCCCAGUGGCAGAAUGGGAAGGACUGGCACGGGCAGCGCUGGCAGGGCUUUGGAGCCUCUGCUUCGAACCAGUCCAUGACGCAGUAUCAGGAACAGGCGUCGCAGCAGCAAGAGGGCAGCAUGGCAACCAGUCAAGGUCGGCUUGAGGCCAGCAAGGACUCCAGCUGGUCCCCAUCGCCCGCGCUGGAGAAUGGUCAUACCAUGAAGUUCCCAGGGUUCCACCAUCAGGCCUGGCCUGCUCCAGUUCCCAUCCCGGCCAACUUGCCUAAGACUUCGGACUUGACGGUUUCAAAGCCGGCGGCCAAGGUGCCCCCGCACCAGGCCUUGCAGAAUGAGGCCUGGCCUGCUCCAGUUCCCAUCCCGGCCAACUUGCCUAAGACUUCGGACUUGACGGUUUCAAAGCCGGCGGCCAAGGUGCCCCCGCACCAGGCCUUGCAGAAUGAGGCGUCAGCUGCCACCGCUGGUACCACAGGGAAAGCUGUGGCGACACUCCUAGCAACGACGGCCAAGGGAGCUCCCCCCAAGGCGCCUAUGAUGACCUCCCAGGCGCCGCUGCCUCCGCCUCCAAAGGCGCAGGCACCCUCUAUGCUGCAGCCGCUGCCCCCUCCGCAGGAGCCGCCCCCCUUCUCUGCGGAGAUGGGCGAGGUGUCGGCAGCUCCCUACUCCGCACCUAUGUCGGUGCAGUAUUCUGCCGAGCUUGGGGAGGAGAGUGGUGGUGAAUCGGCGGACCUGGACGAGGAGGCCAAAUUCCUUGACAAGAGUCGUGCCGCCGACUUCCAGCGGGAGUUCGAACGGGGCGGUGUGGGGAAAGGCGAUGACUUGGCAGACUGGUGCCUCCAGAUCUACCGCGACUUCAAGGAGGAGCACCAAGAUGAGCUGAAAGAGGAAGCAAGGGCAGGAAGAGAAAGCCAAAUGCAGCAGAUCCACCUGAAAUUCCCCAUGGCGCCUGAGCUGAAGGACAGGGAUGGGGCGGAUGCGGUGAUGGAGCACUACUUUUGGCACAUGGGUGGGCUGCUGGGCAUGGCCCGUGGCGUCUCGACCGCCGGGCUGCCGCCGGCCGGUGCAUCGCCGGCGCCGGCCCGUGCAGCCAAGGACCCGGUGCGACGGAAGCGCGCGGCACCGCGGAUGCUGGGACUGGAAAGGAUCGGAACGCUGGGACCAAAGAUUUGCCAAGAUCUGGAAUUGCAUCGACGUGCAAAAGCGCUGGGCUACGAGGACGUGGAAGACAGUGAAGAUCGCAGCAUGGCUGAGCCCAUUUGCAUCGACUUAGAUGACGAGGUGGGAGAAGCAACCAUUAAGCAGAUCUCAGGUGAUGCUGGGAUGGCACUGUCCUUUUCAGUGGUCCCGGAGGCCGGACAGCGAGUGCGGCAGCAGUCUGUGCCAAGCACGGUGAUUUCGCACCUCACGGUUGAGUCCACUUCCACGAUUGUCUUGAAACUCUUGAAGCCCGUCUUCUGGCAGGUCUCUGCCGAUCAGGGUGAUUACUUGGAUCACUUGGCGCUGGUCACGAACGAGCCGGAGUUUCACAUGGUGCUGUCGACCUUGCGUUGGUGGUUACCCCAUGUGGUGGUGCAGGGGACUUUACCACAACAGCUGGAGAAGGAUCCGGUGGUGCUUCGACUGGAGGGCAUCUCACUUACAGCCCGAGAUAUCGAGCUGCUGGGAGAUGAGCAAUGCCUCAACGACUCGGUCCUCGACUUCUUCCUGAAGCUUGCAGUGGAUUUGGUCGCGCCCGAGCACCUGAAAGGUGACUUGUACGUGGCCAGCACUUUCUUCUAUCAGAAGUUGACCGCUGGUGGUGUGGAGAACGGUGAGGCCGGUUGGCAAAACGUUCGCCGUUGGACCAGGGCUCUGCCUCAUGGCUUGCUGGGACAGAGGUUUGUGGUGGUGCCCAUUAACGAGCAGAACAUCCAUUGGUGGCUGGCGGUGGUGUGCCACGCGCGACAUGCCUUGGAGCCGGUGGAUGAAGCGGCCUUGGGGAAGGCGCCCCGCAUCGUCUGCCUGGACUCGGCGCAAGAGCCGCCCUUGAAGAAUCGCACCGUGGCCUUUCUCCGAGGAUACCUCUGGAAAGAAUGGUGCGAACGACAUCCUUCCGCCAUGAGUGAAGAAGGCACUUUGGAUAAGGUGUCGGGCUUGGUGAAUCUCCAGGCGAUAGCUGCUGAUGUUCCAAAGCAAGCCAACAGUUUCGACUGUGGAAUCUUCAUCAUCGAGUACUUGUUGCACCUGCUGCGCUCCAAGACAGCCUUGGCCGGUCUAGGCUUGGCAGCGCACAAGCACUGGUUCGGUCAAGCGUCCGUGUCGUACCGGCGGACACGGCUCAAGUGGAUCGCAAAUCUGUUGCAGCACCAAGCGAAACGUUUGGGCGAGACGGAUGUGAACCGACUGCUACAGGAACCGAAAGUGCGUCGAGCGGUGGCCAUGGCCCUGACUGAGCUUCCUCGGAAGGCUCUAGCGGAUAAGGCCAGCCUCGUAGUGUCCAAAUUGAAACGUUCCAGUGCUUCACCUGAGGCCGGAGACGCAAAGAAACCAAAGACUGAGGCCACUUGAGCUUGUGAUUCAAGAUGAUGCCAGAGAUGUGGUGCCUUCAACAUGUUAAAG